AUGUCGGAAGACGCCGACGUUGUCGCUGCUCAACAGCCCGCCCCAUCCGCGACAACAGCGACCACCGCGCCGCGAAAGAAACGCAAGAGAAAGACCACAGGCGGCGGAGCCGCAGAUGACUGUUUUACAUGCUCCAGUGCCGGUCUGAAUUGUGACCGCCGUCGUCCGUAUUGCAGCCAGUGCCUCGAUCACGGCAGGGAUUGCGCCGGUUACAAAACAACCCUGACCUGGGGCGUGGGAGUUGCUAGUCGAGGCAAACUGCGUGGACUGACGCUCCCAGUUUCGGAGGGCAUACAGUCGACAUCGCCGCCAUCACCCGCAACGAAACCUCGCAAGCAGAGUAUCGCUGCACCAGCUACCACCAGGGCCAGAACGUCACCAGCCGCUCCAAAAUCUCCCCGGAAGUCUCCUGCCGAAUCCCCUGCGGUCGUCGACACAAAUUAUAGGUCMCCCGAGCCUGUCGCCGAUACGAUAAACGGAGCGCAUCAACAACCGUCGACUUGGGGACCUCCGACACCACGAUACCCAGCAACUACAAUAUCAGAAGUGAUCUUUCCCGAUCAUCAUAACCGCACUGCAAGCGAUGGGUCGUUGGUUUUUCCCACAGAUGGCCCAUUCUAUGCCUCACAGACCCCAGGGAUACUGCCAACGUCGUCAGCAGCGCAACAGGCGUGGUUGGUUCCUAUAAAUACUACUCUCUCUGCAUAUCCUGCGGUCAGUAAACAAAACGCACAUUAUCAUCAUGUCCGAAAUCAACGCCCUCAAACUGGCUUCUACACAUGGUCACAGCCAAUCACAGGAAAACGGCGCGCAUCGUCAAUUGAAGAAGACGAAGACAUCACGCUAAACGAAGAAGAGGCAAUUAUCUCUCCGGUGUACUCGGAAUCGGUAUAUAUGGACCAAUACUCGAUCUUCGGCUAUCAGCAGAAUCAAGAUCCCUGGAGGUUUUCAGCAAGUCCUUUUGCAAACUCGUUGCCAGACCAACUAUUAGAACAAUCAGUUGGCCGCACACCUCGAAUACGAUAUUUGAUCAGCUACUUUGCGGAAGUAAUUGCUCCAGUGAUAGUUGCCUUUGACCGGCCGAGCAAUCCCUAUCGAACACGCAUUUUACAAUUGGCACGCCAUAGUGAGACCCUGCAACACGCCAUUGCAGCUUUAUCAGCGAGCAAUAUACGCCAGAGACGAGAGGAAAAGAUCUUGUCUACCGAAAGGACAGAACAAGCCCGAAAGUCGUCAUGGGCUCAUCGCGCAUUGACGGACGUCUCGUUUCAGGAACGACAUGGAAUUCUAGAUUUUGCAGGGGAUAACCGCGAAGAAGUUUUCCACAAGUCUGUGGCGAUCAAAUCGCUAAACGCCUUGCUCGCAGAUCCGUCGAAACGGCACCAUGAUUCAGUUCUAGCUUCCCUGCUAAUACUCUGUCUAUUCCAUGUAUGUGAAACCGGUGUCGCGCAAUUCCAAACCCAAUUCGCUGGGGUCAGGAAACUUCUAGCUAUGAGACAUCGCAUGAACAUGCCCGAGUCGGAAGAGGCCCGGUGGUGUACGAGAAUGUUCACCUGGUUCGAUGCCAUGACCGCCACUAUCAACAAUAGGGAAGGUCAACUGCAAGGCCUGUAUUUAGAUAUGACUUGUGCGUCAGACGAGGAGUGGGCCAUGGAGAAUUUGGCCGGCUGCGACGGGCGAUUAUUCAAAGUAAUGGCCCGACUAGGACGUUUGAAUAUGUUGAGCCAAAAUCAGCAUGUUGAUCCUUCGUAUAACAUCGACAUGCCUGCAGCUAUGCCGGUUGUUCCUCCUGCAUUGUCUCAUUACACCCCAAACGGAAUGAAUGCGGCUUAUGCAGCGACGCUUUAUGCCCACCCUCAAGCGGCGCAAUGGGGCAAUCCCGAAUUUUGGGCCGAAUGGCACUCAAUUCGCCAACAGCUUGAAAGCUGGCGACUCGAUCCUACACAAUUCGCCGGCGUGCAUGACAGCAAUCAACUCACUCAAUCACCUUCCAAUUCUUGCGGUUCGCUAUCAGCGACUUCUGGGCCCACCAUGAUGUCUUCACCGACGACGCCGAAUUCGAGUGUAACAGUGGCACCAAGUAACCUUGCUGAUCUGUCCAACAUCUCCGAAGCAUUCCGAUAUGCUGCGUUGCUAUACACAGAACGACUCGCACAUCCUGACUUACCAUCGACAAACCCCCGCAUUCAAACCUUUGUCCUCACUGCGAUGCACUAUAUUGCCGCCGUCCAGUCGGAUGUAUAUUUAUUAUGGCCGUUAUUUAUUACGGGCUCCGAAUGUGUAUAUGAAGAGCACCGUACAGCGAUUCGCAAUCGCUGCAAGGAUAUUCAGAAUGACUCUGGUUUCUACAACAAUAUAUCCUGUCUUGAGUUGCUGGAAAAGAUCUGGGCUAAAAACCCGCCCGUCACGAGCCAACAACAGCAACACCUUUCUGUACCAUAUCAGAGUCAUCAGAACCUAUAUCCGAAUCAUGGGUACUCAGGCACCCCUGUGUCGAAUAUGCGUGCUCAGACGCAGGACCCUGGCGCUGUAUCUAACAGGAUUCCCCAAGAUGGCAUUGGGUUCAGAUGGCGCAGUAUUAUCGAAGGAGAAGGAGUCGACGGGGAGUACAUGGUAUUAUAG